AGAGGACAGCGUCAGUCAAAAGCAGAUCCUGUCCUUUCUUCACUUAUGCUGCAAAGGCAGCAAACUGAAUCGACGACAUAUCUACACUGCUUUAGCUGCCUAGCAACUGAAAGGAAGAAACAUAUUUCCCCUUAAUGUCAUGCACAACAGAAGCAUCAGUGCAUGGAUUGGACAAUUUGCAUCUACAGCUAACUGGAGUAUAAAAGCUCAACGACCAAAAAUACAGCUGAGGAUCGCAGGACAUUUGCUUAAAAGAGCUGAUGAGUGGCUCUUCAAUGUGGUGGUCACUGUGACAAGGAGCCGUCUGCAAGAAAACAAAAAUUGACUGUGCUUUUGUUCCGUGUGUGCAAUGGAAGUCCUGCAACACCAAGAAAGCAGAUGAACAGAUAAAAGUAAAAAUUAAGCAUAGGCUGAAAUGUUCUGGAUAUGCGCAUGUUCAGCAGCAGCCUCUUGCUGGUAUGAUGGCUAGCCAAACAUGUUUGCAGCAGGCAUAUGCAGCUCUUCUCAUAAAUGGCCUGACAAAGGAAGUGAGAAAAAGCUUAUAGCCUAAGGAUAUUCGGAAAUUAAGUGCCAAGCAAAGGAUACUUGCCUGAAUACACUGCUGGAAUGGGACAUGUGACUCUUUCAUCCAACAUUUGUACACAAAAAUGGAUGCAUCGUCUACUUGGCUGAGAUGAUAAAACAGAAACGGUCUGCAAUAGACCAAUAACCAUCGCCUGUGGCUUGAACUUUGUUAAAAAACAAAGCACAAAAUGCAGUGAGAGAAAUCGAAGUGAAAUGGUGUGCAAAAAAAGCAGAAGCAACAUGAAGUAAAGGUAACAAAUACAAGAUAAGAGUAUUAGACAUUGCAAACAGCCCAGCUACAACAUGCUUCAGUGGAGAAGGCGCUACUGUUGUCUGAUGAAGAUGACCUGGAAUGUGAAACGGUCAAUAUUACGCACUCAUAUUAUUGCACUAUUCUGUGUUGUGCUUUUGUUUGCAUUGUUUCUGUUCAUUAACCAGCAUGACUUGGUAACUAGCAAAUCUUGGUCAAGAGAAUCUGCCAUUUCGGUUUCUCACACAGUGAGGGGGUUCAGAGCACCAAAAAGUACUACCAACCAGAGCAUUAUGAGAAAUAUUUGGAAAGAGAAUGCUCAAGUAACCAAGACUCAUUCUGUUAUUAACUCCAGCACUGCCUUUUCUCCUCCAGACGUGACUGGAUUGGGGGAUGCAUUGAGUGCCAACGGAACUCUAUAUAAUGAAAAAAGAACAGGUUACAGCGGUGUUCAUCAAUAUAAAUAUAUGAUUAAUGAACCCAGCAAAUGCAAGGGACAAAGUCCAUUUUUAAUUGUACUGAUUGCUGCUGAACCUAGCCAAACUGAAGCACGACGUGCCAUUAGACAAACCUGGGGAAAUGAAAGCAAUGCUCCCGGAUUACGCAUUUUGCAUCUCUUUCUUCUAGGUUUUAGAAAGGAUGAUGGCAAUGCCCAACAAGCCUUAUUAGAUGAAAGCAGACAGUACCAUGACAUUAUUCAACAGGACUUUCUGGAUACGUAUUAUAAUCUAACAAUUAAAACACUGAUGGGCAUGAACUGGGUUGCAACGUACUGCCCUCACGCCUCAUAUGUCAUGAAGACUGAUAGUGACAUGUUUGUGAACACUGAAUAUUUAAUAAGUAAACUACUAAAACCCGAACAGCUUCCACGUCACAACUAUUUCACUGGCUACCUGAUGCGUGGAUAUUCCCCGAAUCGCAACAAGGACAGCAAAUGGUACAUGCCUCCGGAGCUCUAUCCCAGUGAACGCUAUCCAGUCUUCUGUUCAGGAACUGGUUAUGUUUUCUCUGCUGACUUAGCUGAAAAGAUUUUCCACGUCUCUUUGAGCAUCAGACGCUUGCAUUUAGAAGAUGUCUAUGUGGGAAUCUGUCUUGCCAAACUGAGAAUUGACCCUGUGCCACCACCCAAUGAGUUCCUCUUCAAUCACUGGCGAGUUUCUUACUCCAGCUGUAAAUAUAGCCACUUAAUUACCUCCCAUCAGUUCCAGCCCAGUGAACUAAUCAAGUAUUGGAAUCAUUUGCAGCAAAACAAGCACAAUGCCUGUGCCAGCAUGGCAAAAGAUAAAGGCCACAAGGGCAAUGGCAGGUAUCGGAAGAAACUGCAUUGGUGACAAAACUGAAUCCAGCAUAUUCAAACCAUAAAUGUGCAACUGUAUUGUAAUGAAUUAACCAAGCAUGUACAAAGAUUCUCUCUGUAUGAAGCUACAGCAUUCUAGUGCUUAUGAAACCUUCUAUAAGGUUAACUUUUUUGUAAUAAAAAAAUCAUUUAAAAGUUAACCUCUUAGAAAGUCUCCAAGCAAAUGGGAUAAUAAAUGUUAAAGUUUAAAUUGCUUCUGUUUUUAAGUUGACCAAAUGUCUAUGAAAGGAAACUAGUAUAUUUUAGGCAAUGUAAAGCACACAACUUGAUUUUACUAUUUAAAGAAUGUAACAAUAGCAAACAUAAAAUAGAAAAAUGGGGUCAAAGUUAGUUAAAUGAAACAGUAUAGUUUCCUGCUGAUAACAGGAAUCCAAUUAACAAAAAAAGUUCAAAAAUGACAUCAAGAGACAAAAACUCAAACAUUAAGUGACAGAAAUGUUUUCUUGUUGGAGACAUGAAACCGCCCCUCUCUAUAAGAUUUGAUUUGUAGGCUGUAUAUGACACAAAGCACCAAAAAUGAACAGAGAAACAAAUACAUUGUUUUACCCAAUUCAAAAAUUGAUAGUUCACAUUUUCAGGGGAAAUUUUCCUUUUCUGCAUUUUUGCUACUAAAAGAUUAUCCACAGAGAGAAAUGAAAGUUACACUACAGAUUAUAAGAACAUAAGAAACUCGAGACAAAAACAAGGUCCACCUAGUCGCCUUCCACAUUCCUGGCGGUCGCAUGCACAUAUGUCCCUAAUUACUUAUGUACCAUAUCCCAUAUGUUUUCCUAAAAGAAAACCUGUGUGUUUAAUCUGUGCUUGGAGGACUCAACACUUUAACUGUGUUCCUAGGGAGCCUGUUGCACAAGUUUAUUAUUCGCUCACUGGAAGUGUUGCCAUGGAUUCUUUCUGAAUUUAAUCCUUCAAUCGCAUCUGUCAUUUUGAAAAAAUCGGUUUCCUGCCAUUGUACAUUUUAAAGGUUUCCUAUUAUUGUGAAAAGGACAUUUAGCAUUCUGUGCUCUGUUCCAUUUAGCUGGGCAUCUCCCCUCUCCCCCAAUUACAGUAUUUUGAUAUGGUGCCAACAAAGCUUUAUUAGUGUAAUCAUUAAGUAAUUUAGGAUUCAAGUUACAGAACAGAAAGAAAGUAGGAGACUGAAAAUCACUUUUCUUUGCAAUGUUUUCAUCUUGCUGACAGCGAUGGUAUUAUUUUGUUUUGUACUAGAAGUUAUGUAAUGUAACAAUAUUGUUUUGCUCUUAAAUAGUAAAAUCUGAAAAAGAAACUAAAGGUAACGAUUUAAAAAUCGACUGAUUUAUUACUGAAAACUUGUGUUUGAUGGACAAUAUUAAAGUAAUUCUGGAAUGCAAUUGAAAUGUCUUGCGUUAUAAACUGAAAGAAAUUUCU